AUGUUACUCCAACUUCCUUGCCAUGCUAUCGACCUUAAUGAUGAUGAUAUUGAAGAUCGGAGGCAAGAUAGUAUUCAACACUGGCAUUGGAAAGAGGAUGAGAUGCUGAUCAGUGGAUGGUUAAAUGUUUCAACUGACCCUGGGGUAGUUGCAUGUAAGAAACGAUGGUAUAAGAUCAACAAGGCUGUUGCACAAUUUGCUGGUUGCUACGAUCAAGCUAGUCGAAACAUAAGGAGUGGUUCGAACGCUGAUGAUAUAAAGGAGUUGGCUUAUAAACUUUAUUCCACAAAUUAUGGUCAAAAGUUCACUUUUAAGAGGCAUUGGAACAUGCUUCGGUUGGAGCAAAAAUGGAGAAGCCAACUACCUACACAGAGUGGCAACUCAAAGAGAACCAAGGUUAGUGCAACUGGAGCAUACUCAUUCUCAUCAAACCCAGAAACACCGUUGGCUGACGAACCCGGUGUGGACUCUCCCGUUCGCCCACAAGGAUCAAAGAAGAGCAAGCGAAGAGGUAAGGGAAAAACACAGAUGUCUGAAGAUUUUAGCGAAAGAAAAUCAUCGGUUGUCAAAAAAUUAUCUCUCAUGGAAGAUAUUAAGAAUGUUAGAGAAAAGGAACUAAUGGAAAGGGAAAAAGAAAGAGAAUAG